GAUAUAUAGUUGAAAAUAUACAAGAACCUCAUAUAUCACUGCCUGUAUUUAGAUUUUUUCGAAGAAGAGGCUCCCCCCACACACUCCAAGUCAAAUGGGAAAGCUUCAUCUGAUAGCCUAAAAACUGGUGGAAAGGCUUCAUCCUUUUCUAAUGGAGAAGGUAGCAAAGGAGGGGAGGCAUUUUGUGCUGGGAAAGGCGGGAAGGGCUCCGCAUCAAAUGCAAAGCCUGCAAUGUCUGAUGCAGAACUAAAGCUUCAGCUCGAUAUGCCUCCAAAUUCUAUAUUGUUAUCGAACUGUGAAGCAGCAGAAAUGUUGCAGAAAAUUCAAGGACAUAUGGCUAUCUUAUCAGAGGAUCCGACUAUAAAAAUUCCCGAGUCGUUUGACAAGGCCUUUCAAUAUGCAAAAGAAGGAAAUCACUUCACCUCUGCGAAGUCGGUGAAAGAAAUUCUGGAACCUCUUAAAGACUAUGGUGUUAAUGAUGGCGAGAUAUGCAUGAUAGCGAACAUUGGGCCUGAGACCAUCGAAGAGGUUUAUGCACUGAUACCGUCUCUCAAGGCUACUAGGUCCAUCAAUGAAGGCAAGAUCGUGGAGGCUCUUGCUGCCCUCGCUAACAUAAAAGUCUCCAAGUGAACCUCAGCUACACAGCUGAUCAGGCAAUGAAGGAUCCGUAACUGGGGUCUCUGUGGUGUAUGGUUGUUCACCGAAAUCGAGCUCUUUCUUUCGAGGGCCGAAAUCAAGUUGUGUGUAUGUAAACCGUGCUGUGCACAAGUGUGCCAGCUCUAGGUCUGGCUGGUUGAACUUUGACUUUUGGAAACUAGCUUGUGUCUAGCUGCCGGUUUAGCUAGUUGUUGAGGUGAUGUACUCUGAAUUGCCAAGUUAUGCCCGAUGGUCUGGCACGCCUGAACGAUGAAUAUUGUUGUUGCGGCCUGUGUGUUUCUGCA